GGGGCUUAUGAGCUCCUGAACAGUGAUGACCAUAAGGGCAUUUGUGCCAAAACUCAACGAGAUUUGGCCGACGUCCGGCCUGGAGCCUCAGGAGAUCGCCAGGAGAAAAAGGGGACCAGGCUUCAAGCACGAAACUCCGAUCUCUCCAUGGCUGGGAUGGACAAGGAAGUGGCGAUGGUGCCAAAGACAAGCCGUAUCUCUGAAGAGUACAAGGAGCUGCAGAAGAAGGAAGCUUUGCUCAAGGAGAAUCCCCGGAGAUGGGUGAUGUUCCCCCUGCAGUUCCCGGCCAUCUGGGAGUUCUACAAGAAACACGAGGCCUCCUUCUGGACUGCCGAGGAGAUCGACUUGGCUCAGGAUAACAAGGACUGGGAGAAGCUUACGGAGGGUGAGAAACACUUCGUGAAGCAUGUUCUGGCGUUCUUUGCCGCCUCCGACGGCAUCGUGCUGGAGAACCUCGCUGCUCAGUUCAGCACGGAGGUGCAGGUCCCAGAGGCUCGGGCCUUCUACGGCUUUCAGAUUGCUAUGGAAAACAUCCACUCGGAGACCUACUCCCUGCUAAUCGAACAGUACAUCAAAGACCCUGUGGAGAAGGACCAGCUCUUUGAUGCCAUCCACACCAUGCCAGCCGUGCGCGACAAAGCCAGGUGGGCCGUGCAGUGGAUGAACAAAGAGGCUUGCUUCGCCGAGCGUCUGGUGGCCUUCGCAGCGGUGGAGGGCAUCCUCUUCAGCGGCUCCUUCUGUGCACUCUUCUGGCUGAAGAAACGGGGCUUGAUGCCUGGGCUUACUUUCUCCAACGAACUCAUCUCCCGCGACGAAGGUCUGCAUGCGGAUUUUGCGUGCCUGCUCUAUUCCAUGCUGGAGAACAAACUGCCCGAAGACAUUGUUCAGGACAUCAUCCGUGGAGCCGUUGAAGUGGAGAGGGACUUCAUCUGUGGCGCGUUGCCAUGUGACCUCAUCGGCAUGAACAAGGAUCUGAUGACACAGUAUAUUGAGUUUGUGGCGGAUCGCUUGCUGUGUGCACUGGGGCACAGCAAGAUCUGGAACUCCUCGAAUCCGUUUGAUUGGAUGGAGAUGAUUUCCCUGCAGGGCAAGACCAACUUUUUCGAGAAGCGCGUGGGUGAGUACCAGAAGGCAGGCGUGAUGACCGGCGGCGCCCCGGCCAUGUUCGAACGCUGGCUAUUGCUGCUGGGAAAACGAGGCUAUGGGGCCGAGGAGUCGUCGCAGUUUGCCUUGGACCGGGACUUCUGUGGAAGUCGAAUUUUGAACACUGCGAACCUGGUCAUGGUAUGGGAGCCGGACAUCACGCAUCAGUGUCUGAUGGCCCUGCUGGAUAGCCCUUUGAACAAGGCCGGGAAGCUCUUGAUUUACAUCCACACGGCCAAGCACGUCUUGGUGGAGGUGCAUCCAUCCUUGCGUGUGCCGCGGACCUUCAAGCGCUUCGCAGGCCUGUGUGUUGAGUUGCUGCAGCGGCAAAAGAUUCGCGCAGCUGGAGCCAAUGAGACCUUGAUGAAGGUGGUUUCCAACCCCGUGGAGAAGUACCUUCCGCCUGGCGCGCGGCGCUUUGGCAUGUCGGUGAACGGCCGGCAGGUGAAAAUGCGCGACUUUGCGGCCGAGCUGGAGCAGCCAUUUGCAGAACAGGCGCAACAUGUUGGUGGCAAGUUUGUUGGAAUCGUUUUGGUUCCGUUGUGGUUGAAGGAGCUCCUACUCGACUUGGAGGCCCAAAACCUAGUGGAACGCCUGGCAGCUGCUGUGCAACGCUGUGGACUCAGGCGUCAGCUCUUUUCAGCCUUGUCGCGUGAAAAGGCGCCUUUAGCCUUGGAGGCAGCUGAAACAGUCCUUGGCACCUUUGCCCAGCGCAAUGGUGACAGUGCUGGUGGAGCUGUGCUGCAGCGCGCAGCAAGGCUGUUGGAUGUGAAUGGCAGCGGAUGGAUCGAAGAAGUGGAUUUCCACCAGGCCAUGCUGAUGUUUUCAGUUUCGAACGCGACACUGGCUGUGGACGGUGUGGCAUAGCUUGCGGUAGAGUCAGCACAGCGUUUCUGGAAGUUG